AAAAGACGUAGGUUAUUUUGACAUUCACUCCAUUUGUAAAAUAACAAAUACCUGCCCCACUUCGGGCACUUUCACUCUGGGGAAGUCAGUAAAAUCAAAGUCCAGGCUGAGGUAGUCGUCAGAAAGAAUUAAUAGAGACACUCCAGACCAUGAACAAUCAGUGAUGUCGUUUUAUUAGUGAUCUCCAGGUUAGUGAGCUGAGAAUUUCUUUGGUUUGUUAUCUGGAAUCAGUGGUUAACAUUUUUUUUCUGAAGCGUGAGAUUAAGAUCAGAGGAUCUGAGCCAGAGGUUAGAGGUCAGUGACGUGCUCCAUGGUUUUUCGGAUUAUUUAUUCUUCUCGUUGAAUAAAAAUUCAUGCAAGAGACUUUGGAGGCUGUUGGGAGGAGGAGAAUCUUGUUGGAGUACUGAGGUAACUGCUGAUCGUGGCAGUUUCCAGUCGAUUGUUGUUGAGAGAGAGAGAAUGCUGAAGUUUGCCAACGGAAUGAAGACUGUGGUGAGGGGGUUGACAUCUUCUGCUGGGAGAAAUGCCACCCCCAAGGUCGCUCCACUGCAGGAGGCUGCCAUGGACGAGAUGUGCAUUCUCGUGGAUGGCUUUGACAAACCCCUGGGGAAUGCUUCGAAGAGACACUGCCAUAGGAUCAGCGAUGGUGGGAUACCACUUCAUCGAGCCUUCAGUGUCUUCCUGUUCGAUGGACAAGGGAAUCUCCUGCUGCAGAAACGUUCGGCUUCGAAGAUAACUUUCCCCAGUUACUAUACAAAUACCUGCUGCAGUCAUCCAUUAACAGACGUACCUGGAGAAUCGGAGGAGAAAGAUGCCCUGGGCAUCAGGAGAGCCGCCAGACGAAGAUUAGCAUACGAACUUGGAAUUCCGAUGAACGAAAUUCAACCUGAGGAUUUUUUCUACGUCACGAGGAUUCACUACCAGGCGAUGGGGCCUGACGAUGUCUGGGGAGAGCACGAAAUCGAUUACGUGCUGUUCUGGAAGAAGGAUAAGGUCACGUUGAAUCCUAAUCCAGAUGAAAUCAGCGAGAUCAAGUGGAUCUCCAAGGAUAAAAUCGAGGAAUUCGUGGAGAAUUGUAAAUCACCCUUGACUCCGUGGUUUCAAUUAAUUUUGAAACACAAAUUACCUCUGUGGUGGGACAAUUUGGAGUGCUUGGAGAGGGUACAGGAUCACCAGAAUAUUCAGCGAUUUGUUUAGUUUAUUUCAGAAGGAAUAAAAGGAAUUGUUGAGUUGUUGACGAUGAAAUGUCGCCGAUUUUACGUCGUGGGACGAAACUUUCAGCUUUGAUCAUCCUCUGGAGGAAAGAGGAAAUAAUUGUUUUUAUUUAUAAAUUAUUUGACAGUUCGUUUCGAUUUUUAGUGGAUUGAUACGAGGAUUCGACUGUAAUGUUGGAAAAGUUUAACGACGUGAACAUUUUGCAGUAAAAGUGAAGGCAGCGACGGUAAAUUCGAUUUGGAAUUUCACCAGGAACAUGAAUUUUCAGUGGAUCUGUCAACAGAUCAAAAUUUUUUACCCAGAUGCACUGAAUGUCAGUCAAAACGUUACAAAAGUGCCAGAGAUCGUGAGGGUAAAAUGGAAACUUUUGAAGUUAUGAUUUAAAAAAUAUAUAAUUCAGGAAAAUAAUUCUAUGAAAAUAAAAAAAUCAAAAGUGUCCAUUUUUCCAAGAGUACUCACUAGUUGCGAUUGGCCUGAACAUACCUAAUUUUUUGGGAACUCCAAAGACUGAAGAAUUCGUCCCUACCAAAGUCAAAAAUUCCAGAAAACCAAAUCGUUCUAUUUUCAAAGUUUUCAGGGCAUUACCAUUGUAAAAAUUUGGGUUUUUUAAUAAACAUUUUUCCAUGUAAAA